AUGGCGCAAGAAGAAAACUUACAUCAACGCUCGGAUUUUGUGCAAAUCAAUGAAUCAAAUGAAAAAACUCCAAUAAUUAUAUACGCUCAUCAACUCAACCAAUACUAUCAUACACUUCUAGGAAAUCCUUUUCAACGCCUGAAAUAUUUCAAUCCUGUAACAGAACAAUAUGACUUUCAUCGAACACCUGGAAUAAUUAACUACAUAAUUACCUAUUAUCUUUAUCAAGGAUGUUUAUCGACCGAGGUGUACUAUCCACCAGAAAUUCUCUACGAUGAACUCGUAUUUUUUGGUUUUAACAUACAAAUGGUAUAUGAUAUCAUUUCAAAUCUGAUCACCGUUGAAUAUUAUAUACCUUCUGGUAAUAGUAUACUGCUAGACGAGAAAUUUGAUCGAGUUUUGUCACUUGAGAGUAGUGUUGUAAUAAAUAUGCCGAAACUUCAACAUGUGACACCGUUUCUAAUUCUCAUCAACAUUCUCUCGCUAAUACCAAUUGCCUUCUUUCUCUUCAUUUGGUCUGUUCCACCUAUGUGGUUAUACAUUCUAUUGGUGAUACAAUGUACCACUCGUAUAUUUCGAAGUGUUCGAAUAUCUGCUCGUGCUUAUCAGAUUAUGAAUGUCUUAACUAGUCGAUUAUCAAUAUAUUAUGAGUCAUUUCAAUCCAUCGGCUUAAUCGUUCUUUUCUGCGCAUUGUUUCUGCUUGCUUUCGAACAACUAUCAUCACCUGUCGAAUUUUUAACAAAUCUUUCUCUGAAUAAUACGAAUCAUACCCAACCGUUGAGUGAAAUUAUUUGGAUAUCGACCAAUGCAUUUACAUCGUUAGGUGAAGGAACGAGUCGACCAUCCACGUCGGCAGGUUUAAUUAUCGAAUUUCUGACGUGUGUUAUCGGCGUUUUAACAAUUCCACAGUUGGCACAGAUUAUCUAUACCCUGGUAUCAGAUACAAUUGACAAGCAGAAAAUCAAUGAAGAAAUAUGUUGUAUGACCCACCUUGUCAUGGUUGAAGAUGAAUAUGGAAGUAAAGCCAUUGGUCUGGUUGAUGUGGAUGAAAAGAGGAAUGCCAGUUUACCGAAAAUUCUUAUAGAACAAGGUGAAUUCUGA